UGCCGCAUCAAUCCCAACCCGAGCGGUGAGGACCUGAGGGGGAUUUCAGUCCAGCCUCCCGGUCGAGUGUGCGCACAGUUGUUCAUUUGGUGAACACAAACAGACGCUGAGAGCGAAGCUGGAGCGAAGAAUGUGACAGAAAACAGUUCUCCGAGUUCUUCAUCAGCGCCGCCACAUUUCGGCUCAUUUCUCUUUCUCUGAUUUUAUUCUGAGCACACCAUGGAGCCGAUAACCAAGUGGACGCCAAAGCAAGUUGUCGACUGGAUGAGAGGUUUGGAUGACAGCUUGCAGCAGUACGUUAGCAACUUUGAGCGGGAGAAGAUCAGUGGCGAGCAGCUGCUGAAGAUCACACAUCAGGACCUGGAAGAGCUCGGCGUUGCCAGGAUUGGCCACCAGGAGCUGGUGCUGGAGGCUGUCGACCUGCUAUGCGCUCUGAACUACGGAGUGGAGUCGGAUAACUUGAAGAAUCUGGUAGUGAGGAUGAGAGCUGCCACCAACAGUCUGCACAUGGCCACGGCCGACCGCAGGAAAAGCCCCGCCUACGAUGGAAGCGCCUCGCGAAAGCCACCUAACGAUUUUCUUACCUCCGUGGUGGAGCUGAUCGGUGCUGCAAAGAGCCUCCUGGCGUGGCUCGACAGGACGCCUCUUACAGGGAUCAGUGACUUCACAGCCACCAAGAACAAGAUCAUUCAGCUGUGCCUGGAGCUCACCACCACAGUUCAGCAGGACUGCAGUGUUUAUGAGAUGGAAGAAAGGAUCCUGGAAGUUUCAAAGAUUUUGAACACCAUCUGUGAUCAGACCGUGAGAACCACCUCUGACCCCCUGAUGAGCCAGUCGGCUUGUUUGGAAGAAGUCCAGUUGACCAACAUCAAUCCAGGCGAGGGUCUGGGAAUGUACAUCAAGUCUACUUAUGAUGGGUUGCAUGUCAUCACUGGAACCACAGAACAUUCGCCCGCAGACCUGACGAGGAAGAUCCACGCUGGGGACGAGGUGAUCCAGGUCAACCAUCAGACUGUGGUGGGCUGGCAGCUAAAAAACCUGGUUUUUAAACUGAGGGAGGACCCUAAAGGUGUGGUUCUACUCCUGAAGAAGAGGCCCACGGGCACAACAGGUUUCACCCCCGCCCCACUGAAGAACAUGCGCUGGAAGCCCCCAGUACCUCAGAAUAAUUCGUCCCUCGUUAGAACCCAGUCUCCUUCCAGUUCAGCUAAUGGAUCAACCAAAAAGGAGAAGCCGGCUAUCCUGGACUUGUACAUCCCGCCUCCUCCUCUAAUGCCGUACACGCCGCGAGAGGCGAGAACAGACGCCUUCUCCAGCAUCAGUAAAAGACCAAAGGGCUCUGAGUCACCUAACUCCUUCCUGGACAAGGAGAGCAGAGGACACUGCACCGAUUUUGACAAGCAAAGCGCCGGCUGUCCCAUCGAAGCAAAGGUGGUCCAGCCCAGAAUGAGGGAGCAUAAACCCUCGCGUGGUAAGCCCCGGCCGCUGUCCAUGCCUGCAGACACCUGUCUGUCAGUGGUUGAUCCUUACGCAAAGCCCUGGGCGCAGGGAAGGAAAGGUGAGGACCUCCUGUACAGAUACCUGAGUAACGAGAGGAUCCCCACCAUUGCUGAGGAGGUCCCCUCGGUGUCUCCACCCUACAGGCCUGCAGGGGAACGGCAUCUCAUCCGAGUGGACCACAUCCGGGGCAGCCGCUACUACUCCAACUCAGACCUCCACAACAGUGCCACCAUCCCCUACCAGGAAGACACGAAAAAGGCUCCGGUAGCUCCCGUCUCCAAGCGCACGACGGCAGAGCGCUCACUACUGGUCAGUUGGAUCACGCGGCUUAAGCUAUUGACUCACUGAUGAUGCGCUUCCUGUCCGGGGCUUCCUGUUCCUGUCUUGUCUUCCUCAGUGCCUUUGACAUUUAACGUCCUCGGGCUUUCUCACACUCCUCUCUCCCAUACCUCCCUGGUGUUACUACUACUACCAACUACAACUGCUACUCCUCAACCAAACCUGCUUUUGUAGUACUCACUACAUUAAGUCAUCGCUCCUUUAACACAACCCUCAUCUCUGACACAAGCCUCAGCAUCAAGAGGACACAGUUGUGUUCAGAUUUAGGCUUUUUUGGGCCUCGUUUGCUGUACAUGGACAUCUCUGUACAUAUCAUGUAAUGUUUCGGCUAAGAUGUUCUUCACGUCGCUUAUUUAAUACACUGAAGCUCUCGACCAGUUCGGUUCUCUGUUUAUUUGCUUUUCAUUUGCAUAAAUAAGUUAUUAAAAAAGAACAAGUUAGACAAGCAGCACAUGUCUGUUAGCGAGGCUGUUUUUCUUGUCAUGUUGCUUUUUUUCUUUUUUUUAAACAAAUUCAUUUUUGUGAUUGCUUACAUUAACUUCUGCCAAUGGUUGCCUCUUGUAAAGCUAUGCAUACGAUUUUUACUGUCACUUUAGUGGAAAAAUGCUGCAUUGGUUGUUAAAGGUGUUUAUCUUGUCACUAGCAAACAUUUGUGCAUGAUUUAAGGCUAUGCACUCAACUCAGUAAACCUUUAUAACCUGUGUUUCAGCUCAAGCACCCAUCUAAAGGGCCUCUAUAUACAGCUGGUUGACAGUAAACUGGUCUUUUAUGCCAGUGUUUUUGAACAGUGGCAGAAUGACGGCAUUAUUUAAGAAGCCACAGGGAAUGAGUGUCUGUUGUUGCUUUAUCUGCCUUUUGUAAGAUUUGAAUAGCGAUUUAUUAAACUGCAGUUUAU